AUGAUGAUGGUCCCACCGCCACUAUCCACGCCCAACAGAGGCAUUCGCAGUGUGCGAUCGUCUUUGGGCGAAUCUUCUUCGGCAUACAACCAUCGUCACAGCUACAUUCAGAAAUUGGCGGCAGUCUACGACGAGCAACUUCCUCAUAAUGGUGACGCCAAAGAAAAGCGACGACUCCAGGCGGCCCUACGAGAUGCCGUCGAACAGGCAGAAGGCUUAGGUGCCUGCGAGGUGUACCGGUACCGGGAUCGAUUGGGCGACUUGGAAUGGUUGGACAUGUGGAGGACUACUACGAGUGGAGCAGAGGAAGAGACAGAAGAAGAAACAAUGAAACCAGAUCCGGUCAUUCCAGGCACUGGGUUGGUAGGAACCCUUUGGUCUUCUACGUUUCACAAGGAGCGACGCAAAACGAUGCGAGGUAGUAGCAGUGGUGGCAAGCCAGACAAUAAUAACAGUCAACCAACAAAAGGAGACGACGACGACAAUAACAAUCCACCACCGGAAGCACCCGGGUCAGGAGCUGUCACGACGGCAGACGAUGAUGAUGAUGACACCCGUCGAGGAAAAGUCUUGCGGUGGCGUGAUUUGGCGUCCAUUGACCAAGAUCCCGACACGUGGGCGUGUGCCCGAGUAAAGGAACACUUGGAGUUGCAGCUCUCGCGGGCCGCAGGGAUUCCAUUCGAUUGCGACGGUGUCAAGGGAAUGGUGGUCUUUUAUAGUUUGAAUACCGCGGACAAGGCAUCGCUACAGUCAUUGCCCAACACCAUUUACUUGACGCGAUGUGCCUCUUAUAUUGGAUCCAUUGUGGCCAUGACGGAAGCGCAACAUGCAUGUGUGGCAUAUCGUAGCCAGCGAUCAUGCCAACAGUCACAGUCAAAGCCCAGCGACGAGGAAGAGGCACACCAAGUAGCCGUGACGAAAGAAGAAGAGACAGCGACGACUACUACCUGCGUGACGGAAUUCACCGACCGUGCACUCGCAUGGUACCACAAAUGCUGGGGUGCCGGCCUACAGAUACCACCUCCCAUGGAACUGCAGCAAGUGGCAUGGACUUGGUUGGGUGCCUUUUGUGGAUUGCUCACCUUGAGUGCUAUCAAUGAGUUCUUUGUUCAUUUCACAGAAGGAGAGUAUUCCCUUGUCAUUGGGCCAUUUGGAGCCAUGAUGACGUUACUGUAUGCACUUCCAUCGGCACCCGCAUCCCAACCGCGCAAUGUCAUUCUCGGUGAAGCCAUUGCGGGAGGUGUCUCGCUCGCUUUGAGUUACCUGCCCAUGCCCCAAUGGUUGCGACGGGCGUUUGGACCGGCCUUUGGAAUUGCCGCCAUGACGGCUGCGGGGGUCACGCAUCCACCGGCAGGAGCUCAUGCCACCAUUUGGGCCGACAAUAAGCAUGAUGCAUACUUUUACGCCAUUGUCGUACUUUGCAGUGUGGUUUCCGUCAUUCCGGCAACCAUUAUCAACAAUAUGAGUGUGAAACGGCAAUAUCCAACCUAUUGGGGCUACCUACCCAAAUUUCUCUAUCGGAAAAUUUGGAGGGAGGAACAGGGCAGCAAUAGUGCCAAGGACAAAUGA